AUGAAUCACAACAAUAUCUCGAAGAUCCCCGUUGAAUCUUUCCAUGGAAUGAGCAACCUAACGGCCCUGCACCUCCAAGUGAAUGCAAUUGAAGACCUCGGCAAUGCACUUGAGGGUCUGCAUUCGUUGACCCUGUUAGACUUAAGAGGGAACCGACUGAAGAAGAUUCCAGAAAGCCUGCCGCCAAUGCUGAGCCAGCUCUACCUCGAGUACAACCGCAUAUCCAGCGUUCCUGCUGAUUUUCUGAGCCAGCGGCCUGAGCUGCGCUUCGUACGCCUGUCCCACAACCAGCUCACCAAUGGGGGAAUUCCAACCAACGCUUUCAAUUUCAGCACACUUGUGGAGCUCGAUUUGUCCUUCAACAAGUUGGAGAGGAUUCCUACUAUCAGCACCAGUCUGGAGAAUCUGUAUCUCCAGGCCAACAAGAUCAAAGAGGAGUUUUUUCGGCAUGGCGGUGGAAAGUGUAUGACCGAGAACCUUAUAUCCGUGCUCACCUCCUCCAGGCCAUGGAAGAAGCCUGCCUAG